AUGCAGAAGCUGUUGUCUAGCCAUAGGCUUUACUAUCCUGCUUCCGUUGCAAAAAUGAGAUCAAUCAGUAUGUGUCAGCUGCGUCCGGUAAUUGCGCACACCUAUAAGAGAUCGUACAGUUCUCCGGCAAAAGAGACUGUUUCCAGUACAAAGAAGAGUGAGGAGGCUCCCGGCUUCAAAAAAAUAUUUCUCGCGGCAUUACUCGGGACUGGGGUCUUUAUCCUUGCAGUAGAUUCUCUCGACAGAAAUCAACCAAAGACAACGUAUACUGCCGCCGAAUACGAAACUGUGAUGAAAGGGUUGAAGCGUAGAGUUACAAUUUUUGAGCCAGGACAGGUCGAUAUCGAACUGUUAUGUGGAUUGGAUGCAAAGCAAAUUGCGGCAAUUGUAAACUCGAAAAAGAAAGAUCAGUUGAAAGUGAUUGAUCCGUUAACGGUAGUUGAGUCCUUUAGAACUACCAAGGAUGGAGUAUAUGAGGCGUUGCUGAACAUCGAACGGGAUAAAAACGGUGAAAAAGAGUAUAUAUACCACUUACCGACUGGAAUGCUGAUAUCUCUAUUAUCCAAGUACAUCAAAGAUAAUUGCCAGGUUGGUGAUACAAUUAUUAUUCAAGCUUUCCCUCUAUCAAUGCAGGACGCUAUCAAAUUCGAGAAUGAAGUAGCAGUAGUAGGGAAAGUUUUUAUUUCAAAGACCGAAAAGGAUUCUGAUAUUUGUCAAUAUUUUGAAACUGUCCACAAGACCCAUAUAGUUUAA